CUUGCCUUGCGACGUUCUACAAGAAUACAUUGGUUGAAUCGACAAUGCCGACAUCAAGUCAGACAAUGAUUGUUAUGAAAGAACAGGGAGAAGAUCCAAGAAUCCCAAGGCGGCAGUUUUCUUCUUCUGUGUCUGCCUUUCCACCAAUGGACAGCAAUCAGUAUGAUAUUCAAGAUACUAGUAAGCAAAACAGAGCAUCUUUGAGGACUGGCAACUCAUCUGGAUUUCCGAGUGUUGCUGAUGUGAAUGGAUUCAGAGCAAAGAUGUAUUUUGAUAGGAAGAUGCAAAGCCUACGUUUGAAAAUCACUAACACGCAUUUUAAUCAGCUUGCCGAAAAUAAACUAUCAUCUGCGGAAACCAAACAACAUGCUGAAACAAAUGAAGUUGAAAAGAACUUGCCUCAUUUUUUUCGACAAGAAGCACAAACAACAACUAACAAAAAGAAAAAUGACAAAGAGUACCGAUCUAAUAGUACUUGCAGUGUACGAGACAGACCUAAAUCUUUGUUGGAUGAACUGAAGGAAUGCGUAUCUUACGAUAGUAAAUUGUUCCCCUCAAUGGAGAUGAGGAAAUCUUUACCACCAAAGUCUCCAAACAGUGUCGUUUUCACCCUGAGAAACAAUGACGGUUAUACGGACAAGGCAAUUUUAGAUUUGAUAGAAAGGGAAACCGGUUUGAAGGCGAUGUCCCUUCAGUAUGAUCCAGUGAAUGUCCGAACUGGAAAUUCUAAGGUUCCAAGUCGAUGGAUUGCUGAAUUCGGUUUCCAAGAUGAUGUUCAGCUUAUUUUACAGAACGGACUUGAGGUGAAUGGUGAGAAAGUUGUUGUCAAAUUGCUUGACAAUGUUCACAAAAUGGAAUUUGAAGCCUACAAACAAAAAAUGGAAGAAGAAAGAAAAAGAAAUGAGAGAGAAUCGAAGGCUAGUGUAAAAAGAAAACCAAGUAGGAACAAAAAGAAAAUCUAGAAGAA